AUGGCCACUGCGACCGCAAACGAGCCUGCAAGCAAACGCUGCGUGAGUGCAGACAAUGCUCGACGUUUCGUCGCCGAUGUCCUUCAGGGUAACGGCGUGUCGGAAGAGAAUGCAACGAUCAUAGCAGACUGUCUCAUUCAGGCUGAUCUCCGCGGGGUCGACACUCAUGGCAUGAUCCGCAUCCCUUCGUACAUGGAACGUGUCCGACAAGGCGUGCUCGACCCCAAAGCGCAGCCCGUGUUCAAUCAGGUCACGCCUGUGGUCGGGCAAGUCGACGGUCACAAUUCAUUUGGAUUCCUGUGUGCGCAUCUGGGUAUGAAGCAUGCGAUUGGGAUGGCUCGCACAUACGGGAUCGGCAUGGUCAGUGUCAAGCAUUCAAACCACUUCGGUAUGUCUGCUUGGAUCGUGCAACAGGCCAUCGACGCCGGCAUGAUGAGUCUGGUGUUUACAAACUCGAGCCCGGCGCUGCCAGUUUGGGGAGGUAAGGAGAAACUCAUGGGUGUAAGCCCCAUUGCCUGUGGUGCGCCUGCAGGACAGGCGCCACCAUUCAUCCUUGACAUGGCGCCCAGUGUUGCAGCCAGAGGAAAGAUCUACAAGGCCAAGCGGCGGGGGGAAAAGAUUCCUCUGGACUGGGCGUUAGAUAAGGAUGGGAAGCAGACGGAUGACCCCGAGGCAGCCUUAGGAGGAGUCAUGCUCCCCAUGGGCGGGCCCAAGGGCUCGGGUCUCUCGAUCAUGAUGGACGUCUUCUCAGGGGUGCUCUCGGGCAGUGCCUUUGCCGGUCAUGUAACCAAUCCGUACGACCCCAGUAAGCCUGCAGAUACUGGCCACUUUCUCAUCGCCAUCAAACCUGACCUGUUCAUGAGCUUGGAAGACUUCAAAGAGCGUAUGGAUUAUCUGUACCAGCGGGUCGUGAGCUGUGAGAAGAUGGAGGGGGUGGACCGAAUCUUUUUCCCAGGGGAGAUUGAACAAAGGACGGCUGCUGCGAGAAUGGAGUCUGGAAUCCCUCUGGUUGAAGCAGAGAUUUCUGCAUUGAAUGCCGAGGCCCUGAAGGUGGGCAAACAGCAGCUUGUGCUUCUGGAGACUUGA